AAUAUUUUGACAUAUUCUGUAACUUUGGCAAGCUAGAUUUUCAAGUGGAUUUUCAAUUAAUUACACAUUAAUUUAUCAAAGAAUUCAAAGAUCUGUGUAAUAAAAUUGCGUAGUUCCUAAAAUCUAAUGGAAGGCAUUUUAUGGAAAUGGACGAAUUACUGGAACGGUUGGCAAACCAGGUGGUUCAUCUUGGACAAUGGUAUCCUGUCAUAUUAUAAAUCGCAGGAGGAAGUGAAUCAAGGAUGCAAGGGCUCAGUGAAAGUAUCUGUGUGCCAAAUAAAUGUGAACCAAAUAGAUUCAACCCGAAUGGAUCUUGUGAUACCGGGCCAGCAGCACAUGUACCUCCGGGCUCCGUCUCCUCAGGACCGGCAGAAGUGGCUUGUUGCUUUAGGCAGUGCAAAAGCUUGUGUUGACUCCAAGGGUGACUCAAAAGGGUCCGAAGAUCCAAAUUCUUUGGGGCACAAGAAAUCUGAACUCCGAUUGUACUGUGACCUGCUCAUGCAGCAGGUGCAUGCGGUAAAGAGUGCAGCCAACACGGAGGGUGGCCCUGAAGUUCAGACCCUUGAAGACGCCUCAAGCCUCCUAUCUGCUACCUGUGACACCUUCAUUAGAACCCUGGAAGACAUAAUGAAGCUAACUAGCGGUCCUACUACACCUAUGGCAGCACCUUAUGAAAUGCCUGUACCCAAUCUCGCCAUGCCUAAAAAUGGCUCAAGCAAAUCGCAAGUAAACAUUAAAACACCUAGACAAAGUUUAACUAGAUCUGUAUCACAAGAAAAUAGAUGAAUUGGAUUUUAUAAAUAAAAAAAACCU